AGAAAGCUUCAGAUAAGGCCAGUCAUACUGAGUGCUUCCUCUUUUUGCCAUCUGCUGAUGGAACCAAGAUGACUGUCAGAUCGCUGUGGAGUCUGCUUUUGCUGUUAUUCAGAUGUACUGUACCUCUGUGGGCGAUGGACAUUUCUUGCAUAAACCAAGAUGGCAAGCCGGUUGACUGGUAUAUUCUUUAUAAAUUCCCAAAGUAUAUGCAUUAUAACGCUUCUGGAACUGGGCUUGAAUACAUGUUUAUGGAUUCCUUGACUCCAGUCUGGAAACAGAGUGAAUCUUUCAUCAACAUGACAGAGAGUGCUCUUGGACAAACUCUACAGCAACUCUAUGAAACUUACAAGUCCAAGAAGAACAGUACAGCCUACGUGCUCUACAAUGAUGGGCCACCUGACAAAAUGAAUUACAGUUGGACGCACGGACAUUCAAAAGGAUUUCUGCUCCUGGACCAAUCCCAAGGUUUUUGGGUCAUUCACAGUAUUCCUGAGUUCCCUCCAUUUCCUGAGGAUGGUUAUGGAUAUCCACACAGUGGGAAAUAUAAUGGACAGACAGUGAUCUGCCUGACAUUCCAACAUGAUCAGUUUGCAGAAAUAGACAAGCAACUCUUGUGCUACAACCCCAAUAUUUACAACUGUUCCAUACCAAUGGCCUUCCAAACAGAGCUCUUCAAUCUGCAAAGGUUGUGUGCUGGAUACAAGAUGCCUCCAGUCCCUUGGAAACAGCGACUCAUCAAACUCCAGUCAUCCCAGGGAGAAACACUCUUCAGCUUUGCCAAAACACAUAGAGAUCAUGAAGACAUCUAUGCAGCUUGGAUGGCACAGACACUGCAAACAGAUUUUCUAAUAGAAUCCUGGCAGCGCAAUGGACAUCGCCACUUCUCAAAUUGUUCUCUUCCUUAUCAUGUCUACAAUAUCAAACUGAUCCAGACACCAUGGAAUUCCUCCUUCUUCUCCUAUUAUGAUCAUUCAAAGUGGUGUGUUUCCUUGAAGCCUGAAGACCAAUGGACCUGCAUUGGGGAUUUAAACUAUGCAGCUCAACAAGCCAAGAGAAGUGGUGGCUUUGUUUGCACUCAAAAUCAGCAUAUUUACAAAGCCUUCAGGUCAUUGGUCUUCGGCUAUUAUUACUGUUGAACUUCAUGAAUAUAUGUAUCAGACUGAUAGCAAAUCUGCCAGAUUUCUAUGCCAAUCCUUUCAUAUAUUUUUCUAAACAAAGAUGUUUGUAGUCCCCAUUAUUUUAGAAAAACAGAAGUAUAUGACAUCUACCAAUACUGUCUUAACAGAUUAAACCUAUGUUAUUCUUGUAUUUACUCUACACCAAAUGUGGGGAACUUCAGAAGGUCUAGAGGCUAGUGUUUUGCCCUCAGACUUUCUAGGAGCAACUCAGGCCCCAUCUACACUGGCCAUUUAAUGAAAAUCAAACUGCAUUAUAUGGUCAUUGUAGACUCAUAUAAUGCAGUUUAACAAGCUGCAUUAUAUAAGUUUGCACUGACGAUAUAAUACAGUUCGAUCUGCAUUAAAUGGUCAGUAUAGAUGGGGCCUCAGGCUGGAUCUACACUGGCCAUGUAAUGUAGUUUCAAACUGCAUUAUUUGGCAGUGUUGAUGGGGCCAUAGACUGUCAAUAAUGCCAAAAGAAAGUACAAACAAAAUGAAAGUUAUCAAAAGUCCCAUUCUGGUUUUUAGAAGGGAAUACAGAUCAUUUUGAUGUUCAAAUUAAGAGAGUGACACAUUUUUAAAGUGCAUAUCAAGUCCUAAGCCAAGUCUACACCUGAUCCUUGUCCUAGGGCUAAAGUGAGCAUUCAUUCCUAAACUGGUUCUGCAUCACUAGAGGCAAAACAUCUGGUUUCUGUCUGAAAUGCCUUCAGGACCAAGAGCCAUACACCUCAUAAUUCUAAGGAGAAUUUGUUUCUACAAGGCGUAUACACUGUACUCACAUGGGAGCUUAGUUUACCUUAAUUUGGUAUAUACCAGCCUUCAGAGUGUGACUACCAGCACUUCCAAAUCCUCUGUGGUUUUUGAUCCCCACAUAUAUGAUUAUGUGCAUAUGUCCAUGCGUACUACUGAAUGUUGCCUCAGGUGACAUUCCUACCUCCCAACCAGUCCUUGGAUCAAUCCUGACUCUAAACUGGGUGGUAGUCCAGGCCAAAGACAGAAUAAAAAGAAGAAAAGAAUAAAAUAAAAACUGAGUUUUUCCUUUUUUCAAGAAAAAAGACCAGAUUGAAGAUGAGCUAGAGUUAGUACAUAUUAUAGUCUCAGAGUAUGAAAAUCUGCAUCUGGUGCUGAUUCAGGAAGGUUUAGAAAUUCAGAGCAGUUUUUCAGGAUAUCUGAUGUGUGGGACCAUGAGGUUUUUAAUAAUAUGCCUGGGACUGGUGAUGUAUUUGUGCUCACUGUCUACAACCUAUUUUUAUUCCUAUGAAUUCUCCCUGGAAAGGAAGCCAAUGACUCAUAGACCACCAUUGCUCAAGAGACUAUCACUAUUAAGGGAAAUUGUUUGGAGCUUAGAAAAAAAGCCUCUUCCAUGUGAGCCAAAAGUCUCAGUAAAUGCUGGGCUAUUAUGGUUCUGAAAUGCACAACUUGUAGUGAUUCUUCCUGCCACUUGCAUCCAGUCAUCAGCCAUAUCUGAAAUAUGGUUUCAAUCGUUUGUUUCUUGAAGUCCAGUGUGAGUGGUGUUUCCUCCAUGCCCCAGAAUAAUAAAGGAAUGAAAGUUGGAGAAGAACCUCCAUGGCUACAUGAUGAGACACCCAUUCAGUGCUCCAUAUGUGGGAUCACACAGAAGUAGAAAAGAAACUGAGAUAACAGGGAUAGACCCCAGUAUCCAAAUCUGGGGGAGUCCCUCCUCCAAGUCUACCUCUGGUCUUGCAACCUCAUCAGAUGGGCUUCUGGAAUUGCCAUGCAUCAUCACAAAUCUGCCGUUGCCCAUCGAUGGGCAUGGAGAACCCAACUCCCCAUGCCCCACAUCACCUAAUUUACUUGUGGCCCCAUCCCAUUGGGGAAGUGUCGGCCAUCCGGCUUCCCUCCAUUGAUCCAAUACAACAUGGGAAACCUCCUAUGUUGUCCCCAUGGUGGCAUGUACCUGUUCAUUUAUACUUUUGCCCGACCAUUUAUACAGAGCCCGACCAGAAGUAGCUGUACACCGUGGGAUGGGCUCCAUCACAAAAAGAUAGACAAUCUGGUACAUGCUACCAAAAAGUACCCCAUCUAAUGAGGCCGUUAGAGUUCCAAAAUCAUGAAUCAUUCUGGAAAUUCAUCAGAAAUAGAUCAGGAUGGGAGAUAUGUUGUACAGAUCUUUCAAUAUAUUCUGAUACAUUCGAACACAACUCCUGCCUUAGAUUUCAGAGGAAGCAAUUCAACAUAGGGUAUUUGUUUGUUUUUGGUUAGGAAAAAGUAAUCUGUGGGAGUCUGGGUUCCAAUUUCCACAGCUAGUUCUGGUCUAGGCUAAAACGACAAUAUAAAAAUAUUCCAAUAAUAGCAUUACACAUGCUGGAAGUAUAUGUGAGCUUGCAUCAUUUGCACAGUUGCUUGUUAACACAGAAUUAAAAGGUUGAUGUUAAUUCAGAAGAUGUGACUGCUUGACAUAAAUUUGGAUUGUAUAAGCCUAGCAAAUACCCUGCUUGAAGUAAUUAUAAACAUAUUUGUUUAGCAACCUAUAAUAUUAAAUUACUUGCUUGCUCAUUUGUAUACAAACAGCUUGGAAAUGCUUCCUCCAAAUGUGUCUGUACCUAGAAAAAUGUGUGGCAGAAAAAGGUCAUGCGGAAUAUCAGUGUUGUUUUAUGUUGAUUUCUAAACCUGAUUCUCAUAAAUGUUCAUUUAAAUGCC